UUCAUUUCCUUAUUCGUGAUUUUCAUGUUCAAGAAAGUGGGUGUUACUACGCAAAAAGUAGUACUCCGAAAUUUUAAAGAUCAGUGUAUUCUGUUUUUAAACUACUUUUAGUGACAAUUUUCAGAAGUUAAACAGAAAAUUAUCGUUGCGCUUUGUUGUAGCGUCAUUUUGGACGCAUUUGGCUUUGUUUUUACCAGGAAUAAGAUAAGAAAACUAUAAAGCCUAAGAGACUGCGCGCGAAAUGCCACUGCACCAGCUGGAUCCCAGCCUGGUGGAGAAGGCCAUCGGAUUCCACGGCUUACCGUUGCAAAAAAUCUGGGAAGGCGAACGUGGUGAAACCGAUCUGUCUCAGCUCGGAAUAACCGACCCCAAUUAUGACGUCUAUCAGUCCCGCCAGAAGACGCUCACCUUUCACGACCGCGCCAAACGAUUUAAGUUACACCAGUUUCUUGCGAAGAAGGCGGAUUUACUAUACGAUAGUUCCCUAACGGCAACUUUGGCCAAAGACCGCAACGAACGGCGGCGCCAUGGGGAUUUUCAGCAGUAUGAACAUUUUUUUAUUCCGCCGCUAGAUAUUUUCAUGGAUUCGGAUGCAAAUGAUAAAAUAACUCAUUUUUUGGAGACAACGAGACCCGGUGACGUCGUUUAUGGAAUUGUGCUGAAUCGAUCUCAUCAAGGAGUUUUGUUUAAAGUGUUAUACUCGCUAGGCAACACCUGCUGCUUCGCCAAUUCAGCAUCCAUUAAGGCGUACGUGUCCAGUAACUAUCUUGUUCCGGUAACUGAUCGGAAUGGAGCUCCACGCAACUUUGCUGCCAAUGAUUUGAUAUGCUGCGAAGUGACUGACGCACAACCUGAUUCUAGAAAAUUAAUCUGCACUAUGCAUCGCACCGUUAAUAGUCGUUCUCCAACAACAAUUAAUUAUGGACUUAUAACGGCUGAAGAUUUACCGAUGGCAUACACUUUUGCAGCAGCGAAGGAACUCAAAUCGUACGAAUACUACCUACGUAAAACUCCCUCCUUCAAUGAUCCUCGUGGGUUCGAAUGUUUGAUGCAAGAGCUUGGCCUUAGUACGACCGAGUUUUACACCAACAUGUCUGGACUCAAAGGGAAAUUUCCUCAGUCGGAUUAUGCCGGAGAGCUGCGUAAUAGUCAAGCGAGUAAAUGGGCGUUUAGAUCCGUAGCAGAAGGUAUCGAGCACUUCAAAGAAGGGCGCCACUCGGAAGCGUUUCAGUGUUUGAACAAAGCGCUCAGUAUUGAUGCGCGCAAUGUCGAAGGAUUGGUGGCACGGGGUGCCUUGUACGCCAAUAGCGGUUCUUUCAAGAAAGCCGUCGAUGAUUUUGAAAUGGCAUUGAAGAUAAAUUCUUCCCAUGCAAACGCCCGAAAGUACAUGGGAGAAACGCUGGUUGCGUUGGGCAGAAGUUACGAGGAAGAGAAUCGCAUAGAAGAAGCCAGAAAAGCUUAUCAAGAUUGUUUGAACAUUAUUCCUCAUCACGAGGAAGCACAAAAUUCGUUGGAAUUUCUCAAAACAAAAACGUUCAACAAGCAGAUUGUUGCUCCCAACGAAUUGGAGUUGCCUGCUUUGAAUAUCCCCAAGUCAUCACAUGAUCGUAGCAAGCAAUCGAACAGUAGCAACAACAACAAGCAAGAACCGGACACAUCCGGUGUCAGUGGCUCAAAGGUUCAUGACGUUUCCGAGUCCCGGAAGGACAAGAAGUCUGUCAAGAAACCGGAGAAAAAGAAACGCCACAAGAAACAGCAAAGUAGCUCCAGCGAUUCCAGUUCGAACAGUUCCGAGUCGAGUGAUUCAAGCAGCGGUUCGGAAAGCAGCAGCAGCGAUUCGUCGUCUACUACAGAUUCGUCUAAAUCAUCGCGGGCCAAGAAGCGUACCAAGCGGAGUAAAGCUGACAAAAAACUUAAGUCGCUUUCGCCGCUUAGCAAGCGUAUGUCGGCUGGUAUGGGUAACGAUACCCGCGCUUCGGAUGGACUGUUUCCGUUUGGCAAUCAAUCUUCUGCGUUGGGACAUUCGUCCUCUGGUGCGGACGAAUAUGAGCAAAAGGUACGUAAGUUUUUGGAUAUGCCACGGGAUGAAGAUGACUAUGAGGAAAAGGUUCGACGCUUCGUAGCUGAGGCCGCCAAAUACCAAAAGGAGCGUAAGGCACAGGACGAUAAAUCCAAGAAGAAAAAGAAGAAGGAAGAGAAAAAGGUUAAAAAAGAAAGCAGGAAGAAGCGCAAGUCCGAGGAAAAGAAAAAAUCUAAGAAAAAGGACAAGGAUGAUGAUGUGCUGAACAAUGAAAAGUUGAAGGAAGCAUUAAAAAUCUUUGAAAAUUUCCCCGUACUGGAUGAGCUUGGCUCAAAACUGUCGCUAUACUAUUCGAAGAAGGAAAAUGCUGCUGCCGGACCAAGUGGAAUUUCGCUUCUCUCCAAGAACUUGAAAAAGGAAAUGACGAAAGCAGACAAAGUGGUGACAAUAAAAGCACCGGAAAUGGCAAAGGAACGACCAACGAAAGAUGGAAAGUGGCGCAUGAUGUUCAACAAAGAUGAACGAUCGGUCAAGGAACCAACGGUGGUGAAAGUAGCUGUACCGAAGCAGUAUGCUUUCCCCAACGAAUCGGACGAUGAGGGUGGAACGCUAGGAGUGUUCCAAAUGCAGCAGCAUCAACAACAGUUACAGCAGAAGGCAAAUGCAAGGACAGGUCGUUAUGAGGAAAAAACUAGAAGAGUUGUAAUCACUACAGAGAAGCAAAAGCCAUCUGUUUCCCAAAUGGCCCCAGUCAAAUCUGGACCUGUCGUUCUGGACAAGUUUGGUAAUUUCCGACUGGCGAACGCCGAUGAUGCAGUUAAACCACCGGAGCCUUCCGGACCUCCACGACAGUCACGCAGCAGAUCUCGUGGUAGGCGUUAUGGCAGCUCCAGUCGAUCAAGAUCGCAAAGCGGCGGAAAACGAUCUCGUUCUGGUAGUUUUCGACGUCGUUUCAGUCGUUCAAGAUCACGCUCUUUUAGUCGUUCACGGUCCAGGUCUUACUCAAGAAGCCGUUCUCGUUCGCGUAGCUUUGAGCGUCGUCGUUUCGACCGCCGCGGUUACCACCACCGCGGUCGAGGUAACUUUUAUGAUCGACCAUACAAUCGUUUCGGAUACCAUCAUCGUGGUAAUUUCAUGAAUCGUCGCGGUGGUUUCCGAGAUUUCCGUGAUUAUAAUAAUCGUGGAUACGGGCGACCGUUCCGUGCUCGGUUCCGUGGGGGAGGUAACAAUCACAAUUACCGAUUCCAGCGUUCUUACAGCCACAGUAGAAGUGACAGUAAAUCACCGGAUCGCGUUACAAGCCCCAGUGACCGACAGCGCGACCGGUCCCGGUCACGUGAUGAUGACAAGCGGUCGGAGGAUUCCCCAAUCAUAAUCAAGGAACGUGAUACACCGCCAAAAUCGAAGGCUAAAAAGGACGACAAACCUAGUGUUGAUUCGGAACCGAGUACCACAUCUACGGGCCACGACGCUGAUAACUGGGGAGAUGAUAGAGAUCCGCCUCCACCUGGCGCUGACGAAGGAAUAUUGAUGAAGAAUUUAGGUGACUAAUAAACAUUUUUGUAGUUCUAAGUGUUCUGUAGUACGCAGAAUUAUUUCAAUAUUCAACACAUUGAUAAAUCUUGUUUGCAUACUGUGGACUUUAUGAUUCUGAUAUUUCCAAAUAUUGCACAUCAAAUAUAACAUUAGACAUUCAGGAA